UCACGUAUCACCCGGCGAAUCUCUUGUCCGCAAUAUGACUAGCUGAUAACUCCCCACGGAUCUCCACCUGAGGGGCCACUGCUGACUACUUAAGGCGCGCAGAGAGCCCAGGCCACCAGUCUUGCCCUGCAGUCCCAGUCAGUGCACACGGCCGCCACCAUGUCUAUCCGAAACGGAGUCACCUCCCCUGCACCCUCUCUCAAGGCGUGCAAGUGCGGCGGCAUCGCGCCCACCAACGACGUGAAACAUCAGCACCACGAAAAUGGCAUCGAGGACAUCAAGGGUCAACUCCUCCAGCGCAGAGAAAGGAGGUCCUCGUCUUCCGCGGGCCAUGAGAAGUGCCCCUUCCACUUUGACAUGGAGCUGGAUCACAAGCCGCCCUCCAGGGAGGAGAUGUUGCCUGAAUUGGCCUCCAGUUACCGCUCCCUCCUGAAGAACCUGGGCGAAGACGUAGACCGCGAGGGCUUACUGAAGACACCCAUGAGAGCUGCCAAGGCUAUGCUCUUCUUCACCAAGGGAUACGACCAAACCAUUGAAGACGUGAUGAACGACGCCGUGUUUAAUGAGGACCACGAUGACCUGGUGAUCGUCAAGGACAUCGAGAUGUUCUCCGUCUGCGAACACCACUUGGUUCCUUUCUGGGGCAAGGUCUCUGUCGGUUACCUCCCCAAUAAGAAGGUGCUCGGCCUCUCCAAAGUCGCAAGGAUCGUGGAGGUGUUCAGCCGACGACUCCAAGUCCAGGAAAGGCUCACCAAACAGAUCGCCCUGGCCGUGGUGGAGGCCAUUCAGCCCACCGGCGUGGGUGUCGUUGUGGAGGGAACACACAUGUGUAUGGUGAUGCGCGGUGUGCAGAAGAUCAACUCCAAGACGACCACUUCCACCAUGCUUGGAGUGUUCCGAGACGACCCUAAGACCCGUGAGGAGUUUCUGAGCCUGGUGAAGUAGAGGCGCGUCUCUUUCUCUUGGGGCCGCUCUUGCGCAGGCAGGGUGGACCAGGCCAGCGCCCUUAGCUGCAAGAGACUAAGUCGAGCAGACCAGAUAACCGAACAGACCCCGCUGACGACCACAGUACUACCACCUGAGGGAGGAGAGCGCGAUGAGGCAGUAGCGCCGCGUGGGACGGAACAAGAGAUAUACAGGCUGGCGGCCAGCUUGUGAAUUCCCGCGAGGUGCUACUGAUUGAUUCCUGACCCCCCCGCCCUCGUCCCAUCUUUUACGAGAAGGCUCCUUCGCCUUCCGUUUUCAUUUCUUAUUAAUUGAUUAACUUUUUUUUUUAUUGUGUAAUACUAUUAUUAAAAAAAGAAUUUUGUUUGACGUCUGCAAGUCUUGUCACAAGCUUACACACGUGCACGCUUCCACUUAGAAACACACACACACACACACACACACACACACACACACACACACACACACACACACACACACACACACACACACACACACACACACACACACACACACACACACACGUCACGUGCAUAUGUGUGAUUACAUUGAUUUGAUAGUUUUUAGGCAUAAAGGCUUUCACAUUUUGUGUCAGUCCUGGAAAAAACUAAGAAAAAGAAAAGAAAGAGAUGACCUCAGCCCCGCCAGCACGUUUGUCUUCCUAAUGUUGAGUCAUUGCCGGAGCGACGAGGUCAAGAAAUGACCCAUCCGCGGCGCCCGUGGAAAGUCUUGGGAGGGGAGGCUACGCCAGUACGCUGAGGACUCAGCGCUGCGAGACUCCUUUACAACCUUACAAAAACGACCUGCCUCUAUCACCACCAUUCUGCGGGACGGCACCAUCACCACUGUAGGGGCGUGGCAGUGCUGGCCAGCGAGGUAAGGGGGAAAAGUGGCGCCUCCUCCAGUGCUUCCCGGGGGCGCCCACCUAACGGCCAGCCUGCACCUCGGCCCAUUUCUGGCAACACAGAACAUGUCAACCAUCAAGCUACUUGCGCCCUAACGGCGAGAUUGGGCAGCGUGUGUGGUGGGCCACGGCGUUGUCUUCUCUCCCAUGCCUGGUGGCGGGACACAGGCGGCGUCCAAAUAUGAUGCUGCAGGGGAUCAUUUCAUCAGUAUUAAAUCUAAAGGUUUGGUGAGCCACAGAUGUUCCUCCUCCCUGAAACACGAAACGAGUACAACUGUGCUUCUCAUUCACAUGCAACGAGUCUUUCUUGCCUCAGUUGACCGCCACGCCAGCCACCCACCGCCUGCGACGUGCUGUGCCCGGGCGGGGUGCGGCAGGCCCUGUGUCGUGCUCUGCUGAGGCUCAGAGCAACUCUAAAGGUGCCUGAUCAUAGAAUAUCUAUUGUCAACGUAGAGUAAUAAGUGUUUCGAUUUGACCUCAAAAAAUAUUGUUAUAGGGUUGUUAGUCUGAGUGGUAACCGUAACUUAAAAAUAAGAGACCUGGGAACAAUUGUUUCAUGAUUUGUUUAAUCAAAUAAAUGUAUUUCUUAA